UGGCAAAAGCCUCUGUAGCCACUGUUUACCGUACAACGAGGAAUGGAUUCAUAGGUUCCCUAAUGCGUGGGCAGAGACGGGGGGCCUCGGACUGGCUAAGGAGCAACCCCCGGUGGUGGUCACCCUCAAACCCACUGCGGUACCCGUGCGAGUAAGACAAUACCCGCUUAGUCGAGAAGCCCGAGAAGGCAUAAAACCCCACAUCAAGAGGUUUCUGGAACUGGGCAUACUGAAACCAUGUCAAUCAGAGUGGAAUACUCCGCUCUUGCCGGUAAGAAAGCCAGGAACAGAUGACUACAGACCAGUCCAGGACCUGAGAGAAGUAAACUCCCGGGUAAUUGACAUUCACCCUACCGUGCCCAAUCCUCAUAAUUUCUUGAGUACCUUACCGCCAGGGCGCAACUGGUAUACUGUUCUGGAUUUAAAGGAUGCUUUUUUUUGCCUCCCCCUCCACCCUGAUUCUCAAAAGCUCUUUGCCUUUGAAUGGUCAGACCCUGAGGGAGGGGGGACAGGGCAACUGACAUGGACCAGACUUCCGCAAGGAUUUAAGAACUCUCCAACUAUCUUUGAUGAGGCUCUACACCGAGACCUUCGGGAGUAUCGAGAGACCACCCCUGAUGUCACCCUCCUCCAGUAUGUAGAUGAUCUACUCCUGGCAGCUGAGACUCGGGACGCUUGCAAACAAGGGACUGAGAAACUUCUGGAUACCCUGGCCAGCCUGGGGUACAGGGCGUCCGCCAAGAAGGCGCAGAUCUGCCAAAACAAAGUCAUCUUCCUCGGCUACUCCUUGGAGGGAGGCAGGAGGUGGCUCACCGAUGCUCGUAAGCGAACCGUAGCCAGCAUACCUGCUCCAACGGACCGCCGGCGGUUACGUGAAUUCCUGGGUGCAGCUGGGUUCUGUCGGCUCUGGAUUCCAGGGUUUGCUGCCAUCACAGAGCCUUUUCUUCCCUUGUUAAAAGAAAAGACCCCCUUUGUCUGGCAGGAAAAACACCAGGCUGCAUUUGAAAAGUUAAAGAAGGCACUCUUAUCUGCUCCAGCACUCGCUCUCCCGGAUGUGAGGAAGCCAUUCACUUUGUACUUGCAUGAAAAGGGUGGGGUGGCGGUCGGCGUCCUAGUACAAGCCCUCGGUCCAUGGAAAAGACCAACUGCUUACCUAUCCAAGCGGCUAGAUCCUGUGGCCAGGGGAUGGCCAAUCUGCCUAAGGGCGGUGGCCGCGGCAGCCAUGCUGGUGCGGGACGCGGACAAAUUAACUUUGGGACAGCAUCUGACUGUUAUAGCUCCCCAUGCAUUGGAGAGCAUUGUCCGCCAGCCGCCUGACCGAUGGCUUAGCAAUGCUCGGGCCACUUAUUAUCAGGUAACUCUGCUGGACCGGGACCGCAUCACCUUUGGGCCCCCAGCUAUCUUAAACCCUGCCACGCUCCUCCCAAUUGCUGAACAAGGAGAGGAGGGAGUGCCGGUUCAUGACUGUGGUGCCAUUCUGGCGGAAGAAACCGGGGUCCGGACAGAUUUAACGGACCAACCGCUGGCCAACCCUGACCUGAUAUGGUAUACAGAUGGCAGCAGUUUCCUAAAUGAGGGCCAGCGGAGAGCGGGAGCGGCAGUAGUGGACAAAAAUAAGGUCAUCUGGUCUAGCAGCCUCCCAGAGGGAACCUCGGCUCAAAAAGCCGAAUUGAUUGCACUCACCCGAGCACUUACCAUGGCAGCCGGAAAACGGGCUACCAUCUACACAGACAGCCGGUACGCAUUUGCAACCGCGCAUGUGCAUGGGGCCAUAUACAGGGAGAGGGGACUGUUAACUUCAGCCGGAAAAGAAAUUAAAAAUAAACAAGAAAUCAAGGCAUUAUUAGACGCUGUCAUGCUGCCUCGCGCACUGGCCAUCGUGCACUGCCCAGGGCACCAGAAAGGUGACUCCCCAAUUGCGGUCGGAAACCGGAGGGCUGACCAGGAAGCGAGGGAAGCAGCUCUCCGAGGCACCAGGCACCUGGUAGUCCACCUAUCACCCCCUGAAAGCCCGGUCUCUGAAGAACCCCCGUCCCCCGAAUCCCUGAAGGACACGCUGGAGCGAAUCCACAAGCUGACCCAUCUGGGUAGCCGAAAGUUAGUUCAACUCACUGAAGAAAAUAAAACUCACUCCCCGUCUGAAAGGAAGCGGAUGGCGGAGAAAGUGAUAGCGGACUGCCAAGCCUGCCAACAGGUUAAUGCCUACCCUAGUCGGUUGGCUCCUGGAAAAAGGCUACGAGGAAGUCGGCCUGGCCAACACUGGGAAAUAGAUUUCACUGAAAUACAGCCGGCUAAAUAUGGCCUAAGGUAUUUACUAGUGUUUGUAGACACCUUUACAGGAUGGGUAGAAGCCUACCCCACCAAAAAGGAGACUGCAGCGAUAGUCGCUAAGAAAAUCCUGGAAGAAAUCUUCCCAAGAUUUGGACUGCCUCAGGUAAUUGGGUCAGAUAAUGGCCCAGCAUUCGUGGCUCAGACUGCGAGCCUUGGCGGUGGUCCAGCACACCCUGUGGAAACAGUUGUCUGCUGCGUACCAGCCCAGUGGAGAUGGUCCUGCCCACCGGUUCCAUGUAGGGGACUUCGUGUACGUCCGCCGGCACCAGCAUCAGACCCUAGAACCUCGGUGGAAGGGUCCCUAUCAAGUCCUGUUGACCACCCCGACGGCAGUUAAAGUUGACGGA